UCAUAUUUUCAAACAUUAAUUUGUUUCUCGCUCCUAUAAUUAUUCUUCCACACGUUAAUUUGCCUUCAAAAUCAUCAAUACAUCCAUUUUACCAUUUGCAUUAUACACAUCUCUUCAAAUCUUUUACUCAAAUUCUUGAAUGUUUCUGAAAUUGUAUCAAAACCAGCUGCCGCCGCCGUUGACUUGCGCCAACUCCACCGCGAGAUCAGGCGAUUUCUACCACACAGUUUUGGAGGAAAUUCAAUUUCUGAGCUAAGUUUGUGGAAGCAAUUUUGUUUCAACGAUCAGCAGAUUAUUUGGAUAUGGCGGCUUAUGGUGCGGCGGAUUCUCUCAAGAAUACGAUUCAGCGUAUUCUACAAUCGUCUCGCAUUUCUCUCGUUUCCCGAUCUCCACAAAUCUUACUACCUGCCUACGAUGAGAUGGAUCGAUUGCAGAAACUUCUGCUAAAAUUGGACGACACCAGCUGCAGCAAGAUCAGGACGAAGGUGAAUGGUGUGGAUGAACGAAUCAAAGAGGUAGUUUGGGAAUUUGAAGAUUUACUCGAAUCACAUGUCUUACAUCAGGUUCUUCCACAACUCGAAAGCGAGAGAGACAGCUCAUUCCCUGUAGAGCUGCAGAGUCUGCAACACCAUGUUGAUUGCUUCGUCGAGAAGAUAAAGAUGAUGGAGGAGGAAUACACUUAUGAAAUGGAUAAUAUGGCUGAAGAAGAAGGCGAGCCUAUUUCUUCAAGAAUUGAUUUUGGCGGAAUCAACUCAAAGAUGGUUGGAUUAUCUCACCAUUUUGAAAAAGCCAGAGAUUAUCUUCUUGAAGAAAAUAACAAGCAACCCUAUUCGAUUGUUGGGAUGGCGGGCGUUGGAAAGACAACUCUUGCUAAGCAUAUUUUUGAAUAUCCAUCAAUUCGGAGCCAUUUUGAGUUUCGAGCAUGGGUCAAAGUGGGCAGAACAUGUGAAUUUAAUGAACUAUUACGAUGCCUUCUAUCUCAAGUGGAUCCCAACGCUUACCAAAUACUUAUCCAAGGAGAUGAUGAUGAGGCAAAAUUAGUCCGAAUUCUGAAAGAAAGAUUAAAAAACAAGAAAUGUCUCAUCGUGUUGGAUGAUGUUUGGGAGAUGCAAGCAGCAGAUCGCUUUAGAAAUUUCUUGCGAGAAGGGAAUAUUGUUGGGAGGAUUCAAUUCUUACUUACAAGUAGACAAGCAAUAGUAUGCGCGGAGGAUGGGUACCAAAGAGUGCGCUUGUUGAAUGAAGAAGAAAGUAAGAAAUUACUUGGUGAGAAGGUUUUUGGUGAAGAGGGUUUCCCUCCUCAACUUGAGAAACUCGGAGAAAAGAUUGCCAAAAAAUGUGAAGGCCUUCCUCUUAUGAUAGUCACAGUUGCAGAGCUCCUAUCAAAAGCUGACAAGACCCCAGAAUACUGGACUGAGGUACUCAUCAAACAGCGUAGUUCAGUCUUUGUGGAUGCAUAUAAUCAAAUAUCAGAGGUACUUUUCCCAAGCUAUGAUUACUUACCCCAAUAUUUAAAAAUGUUAUUUCUCUACAUGGGAGCUUUCCGUCCAUAUUUGAAUAUUGAGCUAAUGGCGCUCGGUGCUAUGUUGAGAACCGAUGUGUUUCUUGAACCGACUGGAGAUGAAAGUUUUGAACAUUUUUGGAAGACAUGCUCGGAAAAGCUUUCGAUGUGGUAUCAUCUUCUUCUCGACACAUCACAGGAGGAUGAACAUUUGUUUUGGGAUAGAAAGUAUCGUGUGCAUUCUUGUUGGCAGCACGUGUGUAGGGUAGAAGCUAGUAGGAUCAAGUUUUUGCAUGUCUUACAAAGUUGUGAUGAUAUUAUAAAAGACCAGCGCCGCUUGUGUGCCCAUUGGAACAGUUUAUUAUGCUUCAAACAAGUGUGUGAUUCUAUAAAAAGUGAUUGUGCAUCCAUUGUCCGUUCUCUCCUUUGUUAUGGUCCUUAUCACCCAUAUCCACUGCCAAUACAUGCCAUGGGUUUCAAGUUGCUCAGGGUACUAUAUGCUUCUCGUGUCCGAUUUUUUCAUAUCCCAAUUGAAAUUUUCAAACUAGUUUGUCUACGAUAUCUUGCCAUAACUUACAACGGUGACCCCCCUGCUUACAUAUCCAACCUUUUUCAGCUUCAAUUCUUGGUUAUUUCUAGACAUAUGUUCAUUAAAAAGCGUGGAGUUCAGCCAUACAUGCCUGUGCAAAUUUGGGACAUGCAAGAACUAGAGCUUAUUAAGAUUUGGGGAAGUGACCUACCAACCCCUAAUACUAAUGAUGCUACCUUGAACAAACUCUUCUCACUUCUUGGUGUGAGUGCAAACAGUUGUACAAGAGAAGUUCUUAAAAGAAUUCCUAAUUUAGUGGAGUUGGGGAUUGGAGUGGAGUUGAAGCCUUAUGAUGAUGAUGAAACCAACCCAUUGAGUUCUUUGAGUUAUAUAUCAGAACUCCAGAAUUUGGAAAUGCUUACAUAUCAAAUCGCGAAUCCGGAGAUAAAGCUUGAGUUUCCUACUAUUCUUCAUCUUUCAAUGUUCCCAUCAAGUCUCACAGUGUUAAAUUUGAGUGGGUUGGGAUAUCCUUGGGGGUCUCUAAAUGACAUUGGUUCACUGCUGCCAAAACUCGAGUUUCUCGAAUUAAAAUGCUAUGCCUUUCGAGGCCUAUUGUGGGAAAUAAAACCAGGAAGUUUCUUGAAACUUAUUGAACUUCGAAUUGAAGAUAGCGAUUUGGUGCAAUGGAGACCUCAACGUGGAAGCCUCCCGAGGCUUCGUACACUAAGGAUGAAACACUGCUACAAAUUGCAACAACUCGAUUUGUCGGAUGAUCAGUCUUCGAUCAAGACCAUUGAAUUAGUGGAGUGCAAUCCUUUAGCUGUGGCUUGUGCCAAUCAAUUAAAAGAUAAGUUUUCCUUCAAACUUAUUGUCGAUUCUUCUUUCUGAGCUCAAGUGACUCUGCAACUUGCCUGACAGGCAAAUGGGAGAGCUGAAGGUGUCAGACGCUGCAUUAUCCCACAAUGUAGAUUGUAUCACGUUGUCGUCUGAAUUUAAGGAUUGUAACUUGACAUUUUCAGAUUCUGGCAAUAUACUAAUUAAACAAGCUGUUAGAAUCAGAGCAGAGCAGUUGAGUUUCUUGUCUUUGUUGUCUAUGAGCAAAAUUCUUGUAGUGUCUGAGAUGAAUUCAUAAAAUUGGCUCUCUUGAUUUGUUGGUUACCAAUUGCGAUUACA